UGCUAUUCCAUAUGUCUACUCGCGCUCUGCAUGCUAUCUGUCAAACACUCUCAGCUAGGAAUGUUGUCAUAGACGUCAAGCAGGCGAGUGAGUACAUUUUUUUUAGCUACAAGGACACAAUGUUCGUAUUCUUGAACUGCCUUUUGGUCAAGUGUAGAGUUGGAAGUACGUUGGGUUCUUCUUAACACCGAAGCUCAACAAAACAACAAGAACGAAUUUUACCAAUAAAACAAUUGUCAAAAUGGUGCAAGAUUCCACUACAGCUCACUUCCAACUUCCACACUUGACCGAGAGACUGCAAUCAACACACAAGACGACCCUGUAGACAAACAGCUCGUUGUCGCUAACAGCUCCCAGCAUGUUGACCGCAAGCUUCCGCAACUCUCUACGAUUAUCCCCCUCCCUCCCAUCUGCCCGACUUGUACCAGCGGGCAGACGCGCAAUGUCUCAGUACACGCUCGACUCAUACCUCGUCACGCCCGCAGAGCUCAACUCAGCACUGCAGAAGAACAUCCAAAGCAAGCUCUCCACAGCGCCCCGGAUAGUCCCCGUCUGCGCAUCAUGGUUCCUGCCCAACGACGGCCGAGUCGGUAAAGAGACGUUCAUCGCCCAGCGCAUCCCGCACGCGCGCUUUUUCGACUUGGAUGCCGUCAAGGAUCCUCACUCGCCGUACCCCCAUAUGCUUCCGUCGGCUAAGGACUUUGCUGGUGCUAUGCGACGGAUGGGCAUACGACGGGAAGAUAGCGUGGUUGUGUACGAUAGUAAGGAGUUGGGUAUUUUUUCGGCGCCGAGAGUCGGGUGGACGUUGAAAGUGUUCGGCCAUCCGAGUGUGCAUGUACUGAAUAACUUCCGCAAGUGGGUCGAGGAGGGGUAUCCGACUGAAACUGGGGAGCCAGGUGAUGUUCAGCCCGUUGAUUAUGCUGUGCCCGAGCUCGAUCAGAAUAAGGUGGUGGCCUUUGAAGAGGUGCGGGAGAUAGCGAAGCAGCUGGGCAAAGAAGGCGCAGAAGAAGUGCAAAUCCUGGACGCUAGGAGCUUGGGACGCUGGAAGGGCGUUGAUCCAGAACCUCGAGAAGGACUGUCUUCUGGACAUAUCCCGUAUUCCAUUUCCGUCCCAAUCUCCGACCUCCUUGAUCCGAACGACAAGACUCUGCUCCCAGCUUCUCAGCUACAAACAAUUUUUAAAUCAAAAGGCGUCGACUCUUCGAAGCCGAUCAUUAGUAGCUGCGGCACUGGCGUCACGGCGGCUGUCGUCGAUGCCGCUCUCACAGAAGCUGGUUUCGCCACGGAGCAAAGGCGUCUAUACGACGGCAGCUGGACGGAGUGGGCGCAAAGGGUGACACCAGGCGAGGGUCUGAUUCGAAAGGACGACCAGUAGGGCAUACAGAAUUUCCAGCUGCAUCUUCUUCCGAGUCAUGUACAACUUGAUACCCUAUGUCUUCUUACCUAAGUAGUCAGUGACGACACCAUAUCAUCAGGUUGGAGCCGUUUGGAUAGGUUAAUCGAAACAUGUCAAUACAAUUCAAAAUCAGAACUCC